GACAACUCCCUACUAAACAUGGCGGAGGCUGCGGACGCACCACAACACCGGUUUUACUGUCACUGCUGUAAGAGGGAGACGGAGCCCAAACUGCCGGAUUUCAUCUGCCCCUCAUGUGAGUCUGACUUCAUCGAGGAGGUAUCAGAAGACUCCAGCCUCCUGCAGGACAGCAGAGCAUCAGUACCAAAUGAAGAGUCAAACUUGCUGUUUCCAGACAUCUGGCAGCUGCUGUUUAUGGAGCGCUCCGCCCUGCUGUCCAACCCGCCCUCCUCAGAGUCCCGCCCAGAGGACAACCAGCAGGUAUCUGCAGGUCAGAGACCUCCGUCUCCAGCCUCCCCGGUCGUUACAGACUUGCAGGAACAGGAGUCGCCUCUUAACUCUGAAGGGGAGGAAUCUUCCAGGCCUGAGCAAAUUCCUGCUGUGUAUGGGAUCAUGCAGCAGGUCUUGGCUGACCUCUUUACCAACCAUCCAAACUCGUCCUCCCCUCCAACCGCAGUAUCGAGCAUGCUGCAGUUGUAUUCAAACCCUGGAGAUUACGCAUGGGGUCAUGGAGGCCUCGACGCAGUCGUCACAGAGUUAUUAGGGCGUUUGGAGAACACAGGUCCACCCCCGGCUCAAAAGGAGAAGAUUUCAUCUCUGCCAACAGUCUGCAUCUCUCAAGAACAGAAAGAUUGCCGACUAGAGUGUCCGGUUUGUAGGGAGGAAUAUUCCCUCGGUGAAUCUGUCAGGAAGCUUCCCUGCCUCCAUUUCUUCCACAGUGGCUGUAUAGUACCUUGGUUAGAGCUGCAUGAUACCUGCCCAGUGUGCCGCAAAAGUCUCGAUGGCGUCGACAACAGCCUCUCGCCCACAUCGCAGCCCCUAAGUGAGCGCUCCGACAGGCAAGAGCAACAAGAGAGAGAGGCGAUCUGAGCAAAGAGGCAGCGACUCUUCGUGUCAGAUGAGCUGCUUUUAAAUAAAACAAUACUUGCACCGAGGCCCUAAACGCAGCUCCAGCCCUCAUGUCAGUCAUGCAUCUCUGUGAAGGACCUUCGUGUUUUUUACUCCAGGAUAAAAGUUUUUUUUUUUAUUGCCACAGCUCCAACUGAAGGAUCCAGCAGUUUGCUUGACAACAUCCUGAGCGGGUGUGCUCUUCCCACUGUGCUGCUCGACGAGGCAGUUUUCUGAAUGACUGACUUUGAUGUGAUGAACUAAUAACCACUGCUCUGCUAGUGGCUGCCAAAAUGACGAGAUCUUACAGGGUUAUGGGGAAACACUUUUACAAUGUUUUGUUGGUGAGACAGUUUCAGCAUUUUGUUGACCUUUAACCAACUGAAAGCCUCUAUUAAAGCUUAACCCUGUGACCUCCA